CGCGCUCUGACCCGGCCGCUGGUUCCCUCCCCGUGCACUCUGGAGAUCCGCAGUUCCCGCCACCCGGAGCCCGCUCCCGGGGCCCGUCAUUCCGCACCCCAAUCCCUCCUCAAGGGGCCCUUCGCCGACUCCCGGCGACCCACUCGCUAACCCGCCGGGCUCCGGCCCGAGGGCCCUCUCGCGACUCCGGCGCUGGUUCCUCUAACCCCGGCGGAGCUGCGGGGUGCCGGCUCGGCUGGCCGCCCAAACCCGGAAAUGCUGAGGCAGCAGCGAGCGCGCGGCGCUGGGCUCAUCCCGGGAUUCCCCGGCUCUCGCGCGGGGCCCGCGGCGUCCGCACAGCUCACCCCCGGCGGCCCUGCCUGCGUUCCCUCCCGCCUCCCGGCAGUUGGCCCGCGGGAACCCGGCCGUCAGGUUUCCCCUGGAAUCCCGGGACGGUGUCAGGCGGGGGAUCCGCGCGGCCGAGUCCAGGUGAUUUAUUUGCCACAAAAGUAUUCUUUGAAGGAUGGCAGAAGCAGUUUUGAUUGAUCUUUUUUAUUUGAAAUUGAACUCUCAAAAAAACUGCCCUCAGACAUUACUGAAGACGUUGAAUGCUGUCCAAUACCACCAUGCAGCCAAGGCCAAGUUUCUUUGUAUAAUGUGUUGCAGUAACAUCAGCUGUGAAAGGCAUGGAGAACAAGAUAAUUGUGAGUUAGAAACAAGCAAUGGAUUAUCAGCUGUCUUGGAAGAAUUUGAGAUUGUUAGCUGUCCCAGCGUGGCUGCCUCUUUGUAUACCAUUAAGCAGAAAAUUGAUGAAAGAAAUCUGAGCAGCAUUAAGGUAAUUGUACCCAGGCACAGGAAGGCAUUAAUGAAAGCUUUUAUUGAUCAACUCUUCACCGAUGUUUACAAUUUUGAAUUUGAAGAUUUGCAAGUGACUUUCAGGGAAGACUCUUUGAAACAGUCCAUUGAAAUAAACAUUAUCACAGCUCAAGAACUAAGAGAAAUUCAGAAUGAAAUAGAAACAUAUUUGAGAAGUCUGCCAGCACUGAAAGGAGAAUUAACUAUUAUCACUUCUCCUUUGAUCCCAGAUAUUUUCAUACACGGAUUUACUACAAGAACAGGUGGGAUAUCUUAUAUACCAACUCUUAGCUCAUUCAAUCUCUUCAGUAGUUCCAAACGGAGAGAUCCCAAGGCAGUGGUUCAAGAAAAUCUGCGUAGAUUGGCGAAUGCUGCAGGAUUUAAUGUGGAGAAGUUUUACCGAAUAAAGACUGAUCAUUCCAAUGACGUCUGGAUUAUGGGAAGAAAGGAGCCUGACUCUUAUGACGGAAUAGCUACAAAUCAGAGAGGAGUCACAAUAGCAGCUCUUGGUGCUGACUGUAUACCAAUAGUUUUUGCAGAUCCAGUCAAAAAAGCAUGUGGGGUUGCUCACGCUGGUUGGAAAGGUACUUUGUUGGGUGUUGCUAUGGCUACAGUGAAUGCUAUGAUAGCAGAAUAUGGCUGCAGUUUGGAAGACAUUGUUGUUGUACUUGGACCAUCAGUAGGACCUUGCUGUUUUACUCUUCCAAAAGAAUCAGCAAAGGCAUUUCACAGUCUUCAUCCUGCAUGUGUACAACUAUUUGACUCACCAAAUCCCUAUGUUGACAUCCGUAAAGCUACAAGGAUUCUUCUAGAACGGGGAGGAAUUCUUCCACAGAAUAUUCAGGACAAGAACCAAGAUCUCAACCUCUGUACAUCUUGCCAUCCUGACAAGUUUUUCUCCCAUGUCCGAGAUGGCCUUAAUUUUGGUACACAAAUUGGCUUCAUAUCAAUUAGAGAAUGAG